AUGAUACAAGUGCUGCAAUUAGAUUAUACCAAUGCAACACAAUUUCCUGUAUUAACUUAUUUAACAAAUUAUACUCCAGUAUUGAUGCCUCUACAAUCGAAAAAAUCAUCAGAACAUAUACGCUCUGAAAAUGAAUUUUUAUUGAAGAAAUAUUAUGCAAUGAAAAAACCUUUAAAUUUAUCUCAAUUAAGAACAGCUUCCAUCACUAGUUCAACAAAUUCAGAAUUACAAAGAGAAAAUAAUAAAAUCACAUUCUUCGUAGACCAUUUUAAAGUCUAUAGCCCUUUAGAAGUGGAUCAAUUUAAAAUAAGAUAUAACCAAAUAGGCUUCAGAAAUAAUUCUACCGCUCAAAUUGAUGAUACUCAUAGAAGAGAUCUUCUCCAUGAUGCCCAGCAACCUCAACAUAAUGAGGAGGAGAAUGAACACCAUGUAAGUUUGAAUAAUAACACCCUUCAAGAACACUCUAGAUUAUAUUCUGUUCCUCUUCAUCUAAAUGAAAUCAAUGAAAAGGAUUCAUAUUUGAAGUAUUAUUCCAAAUUACUCACCGUAGAACUAAAAGAUAUGAGCAUUUUGCAAAGACAUAACCUAUGGGAACCAGUAAUCUCAAGUAAUUUCACUGAUUUAUUGGUUAAAAACAAUGAUUUGAUCUCAAACAGAGAAGGUCUUGCACCCAAACCUGAAUGUCCACUUUUCAUUAGUGGUCUAGAUUAUAUUCCUAAAGCUUAUGAUAAUUAUUCUGGUAGCUCACUAAUAUUAGCUUUAUUUUCAGAAUACAAAUUACCGUCCCUAAUGUAUCAAUGUUCUAUAGAAUUUAAUGGUCAACUAUAUAUAUUUGGUGGAUUAAGUGCAUGUUAUCGAAAUGAUGAUGAAAUUCCAAAUAUGUCAGAUUUUUAUGUGGAUCCUAUCGCUAACUUACCACCACCAUUAUCUCAUGAAGUAAUUAAUAAUCCAAUAAUGAUUAACAAUCCGCAUCUUUAUGUCAUCUCAAUAAAUUCACAACAUUUAUCAAGGCCAGAAAUUUGGGGUCACAUACCACCACCUUUAUUAUGUAUGACAGCUUCGAAAUUAACAGAAAGACAUAUCGUAUUCUAUGGUGGGUUUGAAAUUAAAACUGAAGUAUCCUGUGAUACUAAUGGUAAAUAUUAUUUGAAAAAAAGUUCACUUCUAAAUAAUACAUUUUACAUUUUGGAUACUGUUACAUUUAAAUUUUCAAAAGUGGAAGUCAUUGCACAACCAAAUCAAUUCGUUACCUAUCCCACUUUUUCUCCAAGAUUUGGUCAUAUGCAAGUAUCAAUAGAAAAUUUCAAAAAUAAACCUUAUAACAAUCAUAAUACACAUUCACACAAUAAUAGUAUUGAUCGUCCCAAUAUUGAAGAAAGUAAUGUUAACAAUAACAAUGAUAAUAGUAACUUGACUGAUCAUACAGACUCAAAUUCAUCUAUAGGCUCUAUUUCUAAAAAUGGCACCACUUCAUCUUCGUCUUAUUCUACAGGUGUAUCAACUAUAUUAAUCUUUGGCGGUUAUAGACAAACUGGUGAAGAUAAAUAUGAAGCUAUGAAUGAUAUGUGGGAACUAGACAUUCCUAUCGUUGUAAGAGGGAAAAAAUCAUAUUAUAAAUUCGCUGAUACAGUAACAGCUAUUAAGAUACCAAUCGAUCAUGAGAAUGGUAAUUGGCCUUCUCCAAGAGCCUUUUUCGCAUAUUCUAUUCCUGAUACGUGUUUAUUAUGUAGCUCAUCGUUAGAGACUCGAUUAUUGGAAAGAUUAAAAAAGGAUUUUUGUAUUGAUAGCGAACCGGUUGAACACUCAAACACAAGAGUAUUAUUUGGUAAUGUUAAUAAUCGUUCUAAUGAUUCUGAAAAUAAAAAUAAUAAAAAUAAUAGACAAUUAAUAAAAGAAAGCAGUCUCAAAAGAGGUUCGUGUUUACUAGAUCCCAGAAUGAACAAUACAGCAUCUCCGUUAUUAGUGUUUGGACAUCAACAACAUCCUCAAAAGAAAAACGGCUAUGGUGAUAAAAGCGUUCUAGUAUUACAUGGAGGAUCCAAUAACAAUAAAGUUUUCGGUGAUAUGUGGUGGUUUAAUAUUGAAACAAAGAUUUGGAGUAAAAUAGAUACGCAUGCCAAGACAGAGAAAGAUGAGUUGAUACCAAUUGAAAUGAAGUUGGUGGGGCAUACCAUGGUAGAUACCAAUUUUAUGUCUAUUAACAUCGGUGGUUUGACGCAAGAAGAUGUUAAUGAACUUUAUAAAACCAACAAUGAAGACACAUAUUCUGGCUCUCAAGAAACGCCUCAUAUUAAAGGACUUGGUCACUCCAUUAUGAAUGUCUUUGAUUUGAAUACUCAGUGUCUACAAAACUGUGUCAUUGCUACGGAAAAUAACGAGUUGGUGUUAAAAAAGGAUGAUCCUGACUCUAAAAUAGACUCUAUUCUUUGUUUGGGUAGUAGCUCUUUGCAAUGCAACGGUACAGUAGUAAUGAUCGGAGGAGUUGUAGCAAGACGUUCAAAUCUUCAAAAGCUUUAUUUACGAGGAGUCGUCCUAGAAUUCAUAUUACCAUCAAUGAGUCUGGCAGGUUAA